AUGAUUCGACAGCACCUUGUGCGGGGUAGUCGGGUGACGAGGAGGCAUGGUUCUUUCAGUACUUCGUCCUGCCACCUAUCUUAUCAGGAUACCAUUUCCAAUUUGAAGAUUGGAGAGCAUACGCGAGUUAUUUUCCAGGGCUUCACUGGGAAACAAGCGACAGCGAACGCCCAAGAGUCAAUAGCGUGGGGAACCAACAUCGUAGGAGGCGUUACGCCGAAGAAAAAUGGAGAGCAUCUUGGACUUCCAGUGCUUCCUUCUGUUAGGGAGGCCAUGGAGAAGCUAAAGCCAGAUGCAACCGGUAUAUACGUAGCAGCUCAUCAAGCACCUGCUGCCAUUGAAGAAGCAAUUGAAGCAGAAGUUCCUCUCAUUGUUGCUGUAGCAGAACACAUCCCGAUCCACGAUAUCAUGCGGAUACACUCAGUAUUGAAGACUCAAUCAAGAUCAAGAUUUGUUGGUGCCAAUGCUCCAGGCAUUAUAUCUGCAAUUGGGAAGUGCAGAAUCGGGUUCCAACCUCUCCCGUGUUUUAUGCCUGGCCGUGUCGGAAUUGUUGCAAAGUCUGGAACUUUGAGUUAUGAGGCUGUUGCAUCGACCACUAGAGCAGGACUUGGUCAGAGUCUGUGCAUUGGUAUGGGUGGUGAUGUUCUUGCCGGUACAAACUUUGUUGAUGCUCUAAAAGUAUUUGAGCAUGAUGACGAUACUGAAGGUAUCAUUUUGAUUGGUGAAAUUGGUGGAGAGGCGGAGUUGCAAGCAGCAGAAUGGAUUAAGGAGUACAAGAAGCGCUCGUCAAAUCCAAAACCAAUAUCAGCAGUCAUUGGGGGCAUUCAUGCUGCUCCUGGAAGAGUGAUGGGCCAUGCUGGAGCCUUUACUUUACCCGGAGAACCUGAUGCGUCGACAAAAAUAAAGUUUCUCGAGGACGCCGGAGUGACCGUCGUCAAUCAUCCAGAGAAGCUGGGAAGUGCAAUGACAAGGCUGCUUGGCAGCUCUGGGCGAGUUAGUAGUGGUGCAGCAAUUUCAAGUUCUUUUCAAAAGAGAGGCAUGCACAUGUUGAGAAGAGCACGGCCAACCUCAAGAUCAGCUCCGGGUUCUGCAAACGUAGUACAGAAAAGGGAUCUGUACAUCCGAGAGGAACUUGCGCAGGACUUGCUUAGAGAACGGGGGUUCAAUGCCUCGGAGUACUCUGGUAAAGGUGCGAAACGACUCCUUGCCGUUGGCGUGGACAGGAAGAACAUGUCUCCCUGCAUCAUUGCCUCACCCGCAAGCGAUCCAACAAACCCUCAUGCUGAAGCCAAGAAGUUCCCAUUCGACUAUCGAAGAGGGAUUGGCGCCAGCCAAAUUCAGGAGAUCGCUAAUCAUAUUCAUUUAAGCGAGUCGUCUAAGGAGUCACUCCCGAAGCUAGUCAACGGUCUCAUCGACCUCUACAUGGAGAAGGAAGCAUUUCUACUGGAGGCCAUGCUCGUGGAACGUCUAGGUGACCUGAAGAUUGUUGGCGCAAAUUUUGGAUUUGACGAUGCCGCUUUCCGAAGCACGAAGCGGCAAGCUGACAUCCAUGCUCUCCGUCGAGUCGAGGACGAGGAUGCACAAGAAGUCGAGGCUGAGAAAGAUGGUAUCGUGUACAUUAAGCUAGCAGGCAGCGGCAAUAUCGGAACCUUAGUCAACGGAGCUGGCUUGGCCAUGAACACCGUAGAUGCUCUGGCGGAUGCUGGAGGAAAAGCAGCAAAUUUCCUGGAUACGGGUGGAAAGGCAACGAGUGAGACUGUCAAGAAAAGCUUCCAAAUCAUCUUGCAAGAUGAGAGAGUGAAGGUGAUUUUCGUCAACAUUUUUGGUGGAUUGACUUUAGGCGAUAUGAUUGCCAAUGGGAUUCUUCUAGCUUUCAAGGAGUUGGAGAUGAGAUUGCCUGUUGUGGUGAGAAUCCGAGGUACUAAUGAGGAGGAUGGACAGAAGAUUAUUGCGGAGAGUGGAUUGCCUCUGCAUGCAUUCGAUGACUUCCAGGAAGCUGCAGCAAAGGCCAUUGAGCUUGCAAAAAAAUAG